AUGCUAGAAGAGAAUAUCAAAGUCAUAACAACAGCGAGCAAGGCAAAAGUGAAAAUGUCUGAAGAAACAAAUGUUGAUCAAAUGAAAAUAGUCGAAAAGACCGAAGCAGUUUUAAUCUGUUAUUCGACUCGAUUAAGUGGAAGAGUGAUCGAACGAGCACUCGAUAUGAUAUACGAAGAAUCAAAUCAUAUGGAUCCACAGAUUCUCCAUUGGCGACAUUCACUUGAUAAGAUAAAUCUCUCAAACAAUUAA